AUCAGUUGCCGCCAAUCACCCGACCUGUCACAGCUGAAAGGGUCGGCUGCCGAGGGCGAGGGCGAGGGCGAGGGCGAGUGCGAAUGAGAGAUGGCAAGGCAAUUGAAGGCGUCACUUGUUCUCCCGAGGAAUGACGUUGGGGCCAAAACAGGCAGGCAGGCAGGCGCCCGCUUAAAAGCCGGCCUCGUCUGCGCCUCGCUGCUCUCUUCUUCUUCUUGUUCCUCCUCCUCCUCCUCCUCUCUGUCAUCCUACCAUCCUGAAGGAAUCCCUCCGCAAUUCAUUCAUCAUGGCUUCCAAGAUCAAGCUCAUUCCAAACCUGAGCUAUAAACGCUCGGGUCCCAAGUCCUAUGUGCAUCUCAUGCGCAAGUACCGCUUCACCCCGACCAAGCCCGGCCCCUACUCCCUCGGCAGCAAGCUCCAGCAGACCGGUCGCCCCUAUACCGACAAGGCCAUCGGGGGCCGCGCCCGCGUCCGCACCUUGCUACAGAAGAAGAACACCGUCAGUGGCGAGAUUGGCGAGGUCCCGGCCGAGGAUGUCCAGAACGACUCCAUGUACCUGGCUACGGUCGGUAUCGGCACCCCUGCCCAGAACCUGAAACUGGACUUUGACACCGGGUCUGCGGAUCUGUGGGUCUGGUCGACGAAGCUCCCAUCCGCUACCCUCUCGGAGAGCGGCUCCCACGCCAUCUUCAAUCCCUCCAAGUCCAGCACCUUCAAGACCGACAAAGGGGAGAGUUGGGAGAUCUCGUACGGCGACGGUUCAUCGGCUUCGGGCACCGUUGGCACGGACGACGUCAACAUUGGUGGUCUGAUCGUCAAGAACCAGGCCGUUGAGCUGGCCGAGGAGAUGUCGUCGGCCUUCGUUGAGAGUGAGGGCGACGGACUGCUCGGGCUGGCCUUCAGCAACAUCAACACUGUCCAGCCUAAGUCGGUGAAUACCCCGGUGGAGAACAUGAUCCUGCAGGAUGAUAUCCCCAAGUCGGCGGAGCUGUUCACGGCGAAGCUGGAUACCUGGCGGGAUACCGACGAGGAGUCAUUCUACACCUUCGGCUACAUCGACCAGGACAUCGUGAAGGCGGCGGGUGAGGACGUGGCCUAUACCCCCGUAGACAACAGCGAGGGCUUCUGGAUGUUUAGCUCAACCUCGGCGACCGUCAAUGGCCAGACUAUCGCCCGGACCGGGAACAUGGCGAUUGCCGACACCGGUACCACCCUGGCGCUGGUGGAUGAUGAGACCUGCCAGGCCAUCUACGAUGCCAUCGAGGGUGCGUACUAUGACGAGGAGCUGCAGGGCUAUAUCUACCCAUCCAACACAGCCGAUUCCAGCCUGCCGGUAGUCUCGUUCGCGGUGGGCGAGAAGCAGUUUGCCGUGCAGAAGGAGGACCUCGCCUUCACCGAGGCCAAGACGGGCUAUAGCUAUGGCGGUAUCCAGAGCCGUGGAAGCAUGACGUUCGACAUCCUGGGAGAUACUUUCCUGAAGAGCAUCUACGCGGUGUUCGAUGUCGGCAACCUGCGCUUUGGCGCUGUGCAGCGCAAGGAGCUGCGCCAGAGCCUUACCGACCAGAGCAAGCUGUAGUGUUGCCGGAGGACUGGAUGAUGCAACGACGAGAUGUAUACUUGCCCUAUGUUUUAUAGUUUGCUUUAUUUGCUAGUCUGCUGGAAUCAGCCUUGCCAAUACUAGUUUUUAGCUGAUA